AUGGCAAUGGCAUUUGCCCUAGGUCGGAGAAGAAAUGCAACAAAUUCCUUCUCAACCCUACCUAAAAAUGCUAUUAGGUUAUACCAGACAUACAAGGAAGAAUUUCAGAUUGGAUCUUGCUGUUUAAGUUUUGAAACAACACCACCUAAUCAAUUUGAUGAUUCUGGUGGUGGUGGUGGUGGUGGUGGUGAUGGGGUUGUACUGACGAUGCGAGAUACGCUUCAAUCGAUGUUAAGAACAAACUCAUUCCCACGCAUAAUUGUUGAUUACCAAGGAAAUAGGGAUAAUUUUGGUGCACGCAGCGGCGGUACUAGGAUUAUUCGUACACCUGUACGGCCACUCUUCCCUAAAGGCUUCUACCAUGAUGUGCAAGUCAUGGAAAGAGUACUAUGUUGCAGCGAGCAGCAAGAUAUAGAUGUAUUAGCUGCAAAUGCAACAUCUGCAGCUCUUAUGUUGUCAGAUAUUCCUUGGGGAGGCCCGAUUGGAGUUGUGCGAGUAGGAAGGAUACAAGGAGAAUUUCUGGUUAACCCACAGAAGUCUGAACUUGCUUGUUGUGAUAUCGACUUGAUUUAUGCUUGUACUCGAGAUAAAACCCUAAUGGUAGAUGUACAAGCUAAUGAUGUUGUAGAGGAAGAUCUUGAAGUGGCGCUAAGGCUAGCACAUCAAGAAGCUGUAAAAUAUAUUGACCCUCAGAUUAAAUUGGCUGACAAAGCUGGGAAAUGCAAGAAGGAUUAUAAAUUAUCUAUGCGUUUUAAGGAGAGCACUGUCCUUAAAAUUGAGAGCUUGGCAGAAACACCAUUUGAAGCUGCACAUGAUUCUGCUGCGUAUGAUCAGAAGAGUAAAGGUGAAGAAUAUUUGGCAAAAAUUAGUGGAGAUGCAAAAAAUUUACUGGAGGUAGAGGAAUGCGAUGAGUGGAAAACGAAGCUGCUAUAUUCACAUAUGGUCAACAAACUGCGGAAAAAGAUUUUCCAGAGAUGGAAUGUUGAGAAUGGUAUAAGACUUGAUGGGAGGCGCUUUGACGAAGUUAGACGAGUAGAAUGUGAAUCAACUAGAAUGUCAGGAUUACAUGGUUCGUCAUGUUCUGCGUGUGGCGUGACUAAAGUUUCAUGCACGGUGACACAAACAAGACCAGGAACAGAUGAAGCUGAACCUCAAUCUGGGUUUGUGGACCAUCUGAACUAUUACAACCCUAUUCGUUAUCCCGGAUACUUGUACAAGACUCGACCCUUUAGGAUUGAGGGAGACUGGAAAAAGUGUAGUGACAAAAUUUAUGAAGCUGAUGAUGCCAAUUUUGUAGAGAAUGCGCUGGUUGCACUUUUACCUAAAGAAGAUAUUUUCCCUUACGUUGUUCGUGUCAACUCACAAGUUGUAUGUCAUGAUGGUUCUGCCUCUGCAGCCACUGUUUGUGGAGUGAGUAUUGCGUUAAUGGAUGCUGGUGUCCCGCAAAGGAAACAUGUGGCAGACGUUUCAUUGGGUCUACUAAGAGAAGGAAGUACUCUGCAUGGUUACCGUUACCGGAUUUUGACUGAUUUGUCAAGUUCGGAAGAGCAGCUAGGUGACAUGAACUUGAAAGUUGCAGGCUCAUGCGAAGGAAUUACUGCAGUUCAAUUGGAUCUAAAUGUUGCUGGAGUUACUUUAGACAUUAUAUGCGAUUGCUUACGACCUGCAUUAAACGCUCGCCUUCAAAUCCUCUAUCGCAUGGAACAAGAGAUAAGUGUUCCUCGCUAUUGUGUUUCAAAUGAUUGGUUAUGGCCUUACCCGAUAGUAGCUGAAUAUUUUCUCCCUGUUCAGCAUGUUGACCGCCUGAUUGAUGGUCACAGACGUAGGUUCGAACGUGAUACUCGUGAGGAUACUUUCGAAGAGGCUACGGGUUCAAGAAUUACUAGCUUGGGAAAAAAAUGGUAA